GAGUUUGGUUGAGGGAGCAGGGCUCGCGAACGUCCACGGGCGGUUUCAGCCUUGGCAUAACCGACGAACUAAGAACUCCACACCUCCCAUCAGAUCACCCACAGCCUUUCUUCUAGCCCUCGUCCGCGAUUUGCACCACUUCUGCCACCUUUCGCGUCCUUUCACUCCUCAUCUCUUUGGCAUUGGCUCCGCUCGGGGCCCAGCCGUUCAUUCCUUUUCACUCCUUCCGCAGCAAUCGCUCGAAGCUCUUGACUCCACGCCCUCCUGCUCUGCAGUGUGUUGAGCCUCCAGCUUCCGCCCCUACAUUCACUCCUUCACUGCCUGCCUCCUCGACCAGUCGUUUCGAGAAUGUCAGCGGACCGCGAACGAAAUCUCGUCCUCCUUCCCACCUUUGGCGACUGAGAAUCUCGCUUCCCCCCUUUCAAGCUCUACCGCAUUGACCAUGAGCGAAACUGCUGUAGCUUCCAGUAUGACCGGCGUUGCUCUCAACGGCUCCCUUGAUGGGCCAGCGCAUGAUGAGCCUGCUGGGCCCCAGCCUCAGUAUAUCGCCUACCGACCGCCGGGCAGCCACUUCACCCCUCCUGCUUCGCCGCGUCCCGCAACUCCGUCCGCCAGCAUCGCCCCGCCGAGUGCGGGCUUUCACUCCCUGCGCUCCAAACGACCUGCGAAUCUUCAGAUGGACGUCCUCCAAGGCCCCGCAUACGAGCGUCCCGUAUACAGCCCCUCGCCGUCGUCGAGCCCUACCCUACCGCCGUCGCUGCCAUCCCCCCACCUCCUCCCCCGCCAGCGGGCGCCCUCUCUCCUUCGCCAUAUUGCUGUUUCUUCCCCGCUCAACGACGGAUUUCCUCGUGCCGAGCAGCCCUUGGGGUCUCCUACGUUUGCGUCGGUGACACGGCAAGGUAGUGGUCCUGGCCCCACUAGCGAUCCUCGCACCAUCUUCAACCCGCUCGCUAGCAACCCGGUCAAUCAACAGAGCGGGCCAGAUUUGGCGUCUUCACGCGAGGAUCCACCACCCCUAACCAGACAACGCCCUCGAGGUUUGACGAGCUCAUCGCAGCCAGGGUUUCUCUCCCAUCCGCCGUUGAGAGCCGCCAUGUCUAUUCCAGAUUAUGGGCAGUAUCGUGCAACAGGAAGGUCGAACCCCUCAGGAACAUACAAGCCCGAUCGAGGUGGUGCCAAUUGGUCACACAACGACCAUUUUCCGCCUCCCCACUUUCGCCCAGUAGAAUCCAGAACGAGUCUGCGUUCUGCAUGGACGAACGCGUCCUCGAGCUUUGUCGACGUAAGUGGUACCGAACGCAGCAGUAUGGUCACAGGCCGCAGCUCCGUCAUGAGUGACCAACGCACAACCAGUGUCUAUUCUGUGGACCGGUCCAGGGAUGAUGCUCCGGAAGACACCAGUUUCGACGACGACUUUAUGAGUGUGGAGGAUGUGAUUGAUUCGUACUGUUAUGAAGAUGAUGAGGAAGAGUCCGGGGAGAGCCCGUACGAAGAGGUCUCUAGAAUGGGCUCUCUAGGCGGGUCAGAGUCAGAGGUGCCGGGAUUGUCACAAUCCGGCUCGCACAGUGACCGCGACUCUUCGCAACUUACACCGGAGCCUGACCUGGCUCAGGAAACUCCUCAGCCUUUGAACGAUGGCGCGGUGUCUUCUUUCCAACCGGAAGAUGGUGACCGCUCCUCCGAAGCACAGACUGAUAGCGCCAAAUCACCAGCACAUACGAAACCUAGGUUAUCGCCCUUAGUGAUCAGUCCCAUGCGCCUUCUACCAGUUUCCACAGCGGAGCCUGCCGCAGAGAAUGAUGGAAAAGCCGCUCCAGGAAAGGAGCAUAUCCCCACGAGUCCUGGCACACAACGUCAGCCGCUGGGCAAAAUAUAUAAUGACCUACAAGACCUUCCACUACUGCCCAAGGAGAAGUCCCGAUUGUCACGGCAAGACUGGGCGGAGAUUCAGGCUUACUCGCGCAAGAAUUCGAGGGGCUCGGUGCAACUACUCGAUCAUUGCACCGCGACCUCUCCACCGCCACAGCGCCCGUUGCUUGCUAUGCACAGUCCGCCUAUCAAGGACUCGUCUCCGCUUCCAGAAGUCGACGAGGAUGAUGCAUAUCCCCGUCGAGCUUCGACGAGUGUUUUCGACCGUCGCAGCACCUUGUUGGAAUUGACGAAAGUGUUGUCCGUGUCGCCGCCUUCCCCUUCCAAGACCAAAGAACAGGAGUCCAGAAAGAGCAUUCAUACGGCUGUCAAGCGACAGUCAAGCGGAACCGUCGCCAAUUCGCCUGUGUCGCCCGUCUCUUCUGUUCUCAACAUCGGUUCGACCCCUUCCCAGUCCUCAGCUGGACCUCCCCUGGCUCGUCCAAAGGGUAGAUUGCCUGUUGGUGGGAUGAGGGCAACGGAGCGAGACAGGUAUGGUUUCAAGAAGGCGACGGACAAGAUAUCGGUCCAACAAUAUGAUGCAUGGUACAGCACAUAUGAGCAAUAUGUCGCGCGGCGGCGUGGAAAAUGGAUUGCACUGAUGGAGAGAAACAAUCUACCCACGACGGACCCGACCCGGUUCCCAGAACCUUGCGAGAAGGUACGAAGAUAUACCCGGAAAGGGUACCCGCCUGAGUGGCGUGGAGCUAUGUGGUGGUUCUAUGCCAACGGUCAGAAGAAGCUCGAUCAAAUGCGUGGGGUAUAUAAAUCCUUAGUGGCACGCGUGGACCAAGGAGAGCUCAACAAGGAUGACCGAGAGGCUAUCGAACGAGACUUGGAUCGCACCUUUCCUGACAACAUCCAUUUCCGCCCCGAUCCUACGGACGAACAUCCGGAUGGUUUCGAGGAAGACGAGCCGCACAUCGUGCGAGACCUGCGCCAAGUGUUACAGUGCUUUGCUCUCAAUAAUCCUGGCAUCGGAUACUGCCAGUCACUUAAUUUCAUUGCUGGCCUUCUCCUUCUCUUUAUGAAGCAGGACGUCGAGAAGGUCUUCAUCCUCCUCACCAUCAUCACGCAAACCCACCUCCCCGGCGCGCAUGCCCGCAGCCUCGCCAACACCGAAGUCAAUGUCCUCAUGAUGCUCAUCAAGGACUACCUCCCCAAAGUCUGGGCCUCGAUCAACGACACCGACAUCAUCAACAACGGCCUCGGCUCGCACGCCCACCCCGAAUCCAAGUUCCAGCGCCAACCCACAGUCGCUCUGUCAUGUACAUCUUGGUUCAUGUCGCUGUUCGUCGGCGUCCUGCCUAUCGAAGUCGUCCUCCGCGUCUGGGACGCUUUCCUCUAUGAAGGUCCGCGCGCACUCUUCCGCUACGCCCUCGCCAUCUUUAAGCUAGGGGAGCCUGAGAUCCGCAAAUUCCACCCCGGCGACGGGGAGCUGUUCAUGACGGUGCAGAACUUGCCGCGGAAGUGCCUGGACCCCAAUGUGCUGCAUGAUAUCGCGUUUGUCAAGAGGGGGUUUGGAAGCCUGACGCUCGACGUGAUUGAGCAGAAGAGAGGGUUUUGGGAACACCAGGUUGCGCGGGAUCGGAGUUUUGCGAGGAGGAGGGCUAAGGGAGGAGGGCCGGUGCAAGCGACGGUCCAGGAGGUGGGGAGUAGGAAUGGGGGUGCGAGCGGGGCCCAGCAGGAAGAGGAGAAGAAGGGGAGGAUGGGGCUGCGGAGGAAGGCGAGUGCGAGUCGGCGGUUCUUUAGGCAUCACCGGGAGAGGUAAUCCCACUCGAAAGGGACCAAAAAGAGUCGGACGGCGUUUUUUGUCCAUUGCAUUUGCAUUCGAUUCGCAUGUAUCAUACUAAUUGCAUGUCCAGCACUGGCUGGGGAGGCGCUUUCCGGGCUGGCUGGACGCAUCUUUGCUACUGGUUCGUUCCUUUCCCAAAGGGAUGCAUAAUUUUUCAGGCAUGGAGGAAGGAAAGCAGGAGGAAGAGGAGAAUCGGAAAGGGGAAAGGCCGAUUUGAAGGGAGGGGGCACCCACAUGCAGACACAUUAGAUAUCCCGGCCAUUUUCUCCCUUCACGACGAAUGAAUGAAUUUACGAUGGCGGUUAUUCAAA